AUGAGCUGCACUCGCCCAUCGUCCGUCCAGCGUUCCUCACGCGACGUUCUUCAUCACCCGUACGCCCGGGCCAAAUCCUCUCGCCCACCAAGAAGCGUGCAAGAGUUGCGGGUCGCCCUCAACAACCAGCUCCUCCCAAAUCGCUCCGAGUCGUUUGUCCAAAAUGGCCUCACCAUUGGCCAACUUCAGCAAAUGUCCAGGCAAGAGGGAAAGCUCCAGGUCGAGGCUGCUCGCUCCCGCACUGCUGCUGGAAAGAAGAAGCGUCUCCCGCCGCUGCCUCCCGCGCCCAUCACCGAAGAACAGCGUGCACGAGGCCGCCUCUUGCGAUACAUUUCGCUGUACGAGGACGAAUACAGGGAUGACAUUCUCGAGUACAUGCAUCGCAUGCAGGAAGCUACGAUGCCGUGCAAGACGGCUAUGGAGCAGCAGACGGAGAUCAAGAUGUAUAUGCGUGGUGCACUCCUCGAUUUCCUCAUCGAGCUCCACCAGGUUUUCCAUCUCCGCCAGGAGACGCUCUACCUCGCCAUCAACAUCAUGGACCGCUACUGCUCCCGUCGUGUCGUCCACAAGAAGCAUUAUCAACUCGUCGGCUGCACCGCGCUCUGGAUCGCGGCCAAGUACGAGGACAACAAGGAGCACAUCCCCACCACCGCCGACCUCAAGUCGUACUGCCGCGACGUCUACGAGGAGAGCUGUUUUGUCCAAAUGGAAGGACACGUUCUUAACACCAUUGACUGGGAGCUCGGUCACCCGACCGCCGAAGCCUGGCUGCGUUGCAUGGUCAACACGCUCGACAAGUCGGGCAGCCAAAACGCAAAGGAGAUGGCUAUCCGUCAAGGAUGGGUCGGUCUCCCCGAGCUCGAGACACGCGGCACGCCUGUCAUCAUGGCCGACAUUGUCACCCAGUCCAUCGCGCGCUUCCUGAUGGAGUACAUGGCCUACCAAGAGGCUUUGAUCGACGUUCCUACGAACAUGCUUGCAGAAGCUGCCUUGAUCCUUGCUAGGAUCGUCAACUGGAAGACCAGAGAUCGUUCGAGCGAGUCGGCUGGCGCACUCCACGUCGCCCGCUACAUGCACGAGCUUCUCUGCAACAAUGGGUUGGGCAAGAUUUCAGAGGCGCUGUUCAACAAGUACAAGUCGGUCCAAUUUGAGCGAGCUUCGACCCUAGUCAGCGAGUUCUACCUCUCGACGCCUCACGACAACUGCUUGUUCUACCUCGAGGGCCUACCAGACCUCGAGGAGAUGGCCAAGGCCAACGAGCAGGCCGCUGCUGCUGCUGCCAGUAGCGCCGAGGUUACCGUUGGCGAGACCAUUCCGGAAGAGGCCGAGCACGAGAACAGCUUCAAGUUCUCCGACUCUGGCUAUGGAAGUUCCCUUGAUGCGUCGCCAAGCAAGUCGGCAAAAAACGCACCCAGUUCGCCCACGGCGUCUCAAUAG